ACAAAGAAGACCUGAUGAGACCCCUCCAGAUUGUCUCCAGCCGAUUAAUUUCCCAGCUAUGUUGUAGACUGAAGCCUUCAACCUCCGGAGGAACCAAGAUCUGCCUAAUGAUGGCUCGUCCAAGUUCAAAUAUGGCAGAUUUCCGGAAGUGUUUUGCACAGUCGAAGCACAUAGUCAUCAUCUCAGGGGCUGGCGUUAGUGCUGAAAGCGGAGUUCCCACUUUCCGAGGGGCCGGAGGUUACUGGAGAAAAUGGCAAGCCCAGGAGCUGGCCACCCCUCAGGCCUUUGCCCGUAACCCAUCCCGGGUAUGGGAGUUCUAUCACUACAGGCGAGAGAUCAUGCAGAGCAAGGAGCCCAACCCCGGGCACCUGGCCAUCGCCGAGUGCGAGGCCCGGCUGCAUAGCCAGGGCCGACACGUUGUGGUCAUCACCCAGAACAUCGAUGAGCUGCACCGCAAGGCUGGCACCAAGAACCUUCUGGAAAUCCACGGGAGCCUAUUUAAGACUCGAUGUACCUCCUGUGGAACUGUGGCCCAGAAUUAUAAGAGUCCCAUUUGUCCAGCUCUCUCAGGAAAAGGUGCUCCGGAACCUGACACCCAAGAUGCCAGAAUCCCAGUUGAGAAGCUUCCCCGGUGUGAAGAGGCAGGCUGUGGGGGCCUGCUGCGGCCUCAUGUCGUGUGGUUUGGAGAAAGCCUGGAUCCUGCCGUGCUGAAGCAAGUUGACGAAGAGCUUGCGCUCUGUGACUUGUGUCUAGUGGUGGGAACAUCCUCUGUGGUCUACCCAGCCGCCAUGUUUGCCCCUCAGGUGGCGGCCAGAGGGGUACCUGUGGCCGAAUUCAACAUGGAGACCACUGCAGCCACAGACAGAUUCAGGUUUCAUUUUGAAGGACCCUGCGGCACCACCCUGCCAAAAGCCCUGGCCCGCCACGAAACAGAAACUGGGCCUUAGGUAUCCUGGCACAAAGGAAGCGAUUAUAGUGUAGAAACAAACUGGGCGAUAAACAGGGAGAAGAGGACCGGUGGCCUAACGUGGGAACAUCGCAAGUGUCCUCCGAUGCCAACCUGUUGAGAAGACAUAGGGGUUUAGAAGUAGCCACUGCAAACUUUGUAAGAAGAAAUUAUUAGGUUAAUGCAUGUUAUGUGGGCUGAACUUAAACAUGAAUAUGUUUGUUGUCUUUGGUUGGUUAUUGGGAAGGCAAAAAACAAUUUAUGAUUAAAUCGUCUAAAAAUAUAUUUAUCCUGACUGCAUUUUUGCCAUUUGGGCCCAAAGGUAAGACUGAUC